UUCUUCUGUUGUACUUAAAUGUUAUUUAAUUAUUUGCGAUUCUCAUUACACAGAACAAUAGAAGCAGUAAUCUCAGCUUGCAUUUUGAUAUGGCGUAAGCAGCUCUUUGGGCAGGGAUACUGCAGCUGAUAAUUGGUUAUGAUAAUGGAUCUGAUAUGGUCUCUUGCAAAUAUAGUCUGUCAUGCAACCUAUGAAGAUGGGAAUACAAAGGAAUUCAGGAGACUAACUUCCCAAAAGGAUCCGUUCCUACAUAUCUCCAGGGCCACACCCAAUGCAGCUGUUCCAUGUAGUGGAUAGUGGAGAAAAUCGUUUCAUCCCCACAAUUUGCUCAGAAUUGAUUACAUCUAUCAGAAAUACGUAGAAAUCUAGCCUCAGAUCUCAUUAUUGAACAAGUUACAUGGAUAAAACAUUCAGAAGGAAAAAAAAUUCACAAGUAUGCCUCGUGGGAGUUAUUCAAGCCGACAUCCUGUGGAUGCAAAAUGUUCUGGAAGAGUUAGCUGGCCCGUAACUGUUCAGGAGAGUAAGUAAGAAAGGACUUUGUCAAUGUCACAUGAGAGAUCUGUGACUGGAUUUCCUGACAUUUUUGUUUUUAUCUUAAAAGCCGUCAUGGAGGAAGAAGCAGUGACUGAAGAAGUGGGCCUAGGGGGAGGGGUGGUUAACUCUUUCUCCUGCAUUAUUCUCCUGAUGCAACCCUCCCCGCCAGCUGCUGUUAACUCUGGAGGAUAACAGGACUGAGCUCUGAAUCAAAUUACUUUUUGCAUUAUCUGUACAGGUUGCUGUUGUUUACUGUACUUGUACCUAACAUUGGACUAUUUAUGCACACCAAAACUAUUUUAAUUGGUCCAGAAAUUUCUGAUGAACUGAGAAGUUGUUUUCACAUCCUUACUAGUAACAUGGGCAGAGGAUUUGAAAAUCCUGAAUGUUUUCUUUCUACAAUUUGGGUAUUGAUGCUGAAAUGUGUUCUAGGUUCUAGGGAAACACAUCUUUGAAAGGCUUUUGGAAGAGGAACGCCACCAGACCCCAUGAAAGUUGCCCAGUUCAUUAGACUUGCUGUAUAAUAAAAUGCACCCUUUGUUUCCAUCCUUCUGGUUACAUGAGAUGCAUGCCCUCUUUCCAACGCUUGGUUUUUAAAAGGGUUUCCAGCAUGCAAUUUGGAUCUGACCCUUUUGGUUUCUUUUCUAACGCUCAGGCUUCCUUCUGAGAAAGUGCCUUCAAGCAUAUGCAGAGUAUCUUUCCCCGCAAAAUGGAGUUGGGAAACUUGAGGGUGUGCUUGUAGUGAAGAAAGGCUCCAGCCCUACCACCUCUUCCUUUAAAUAAAAAGAAGCCAGGUGCUGGGGAGAGAAUAAAACAGGAGCUUAAAAGCAUGAGGAAAGGAAUUGUGCUGGUGGAUGAUCCACAUCCCCCCUGCUUCCCAAUACUUCUGGUGUGUAAGCAACAGCCUCCUCAUGCGCCCCAAAUAAAGCAGCCCCCUCCCUCCGUCCCUGCCCAGGCAUAUGCUAAGCGAGCGAGCAGCCGCAGUCACAGCAGCCCCAAAUGGAUUAAGUUAUAUAAGCCCUCCCCCUCCCCGCUUUUGGAAAGCCGCGGAGGGUGGGGUGGGGAGGGGGGAGUCGCCUCUCCCUUCGCCCCUCCUUCCCUCCCGCCAUCCCCGCUUUCUGGCUUUGAUUGUGGGCUGCUGUAACAGCUCAGGUUGGCUGCGGAGCGAGCGGAUGAACGGCGGCGGCGGCGGCGGAGGCCUGGCGCAGGCCCAGGCCUAGGGCUGAGUAAAAGCUGCUUAGCCGUGCCGGGGUUGCCAUGGUGACGGGCAGGAGGCAGCGGCGGCCGCAGCAGCAGCAGCAGCAGCGAGAAGGCUGUCAGUGAGCGAGCGAGAGAGCGAGGGAAAGGAACCAGGCAUCGGCGGGGAGCUGCAGGAGGGGAAGGCAGCCGCCGCCGCCGCCGCCAUGGACGUGCACGGGGACUGUGCCGAGCUCAGCGCGGUGGGCGAUCAGCCGCCGCCAUCGGGCAAGCUCAACAAAACCGCCUUCAAAUUGUUCAAGCGCAGGAAGUCCGGCGGCGCCAUGCCCAGCAUCUUCGGCGUGAGGAGCGGCGGCAAAGGCAAAGGCGGGGAAGCGGGCGGAGGGCAGCCGGGCAUGGUGAGGAGCAAGACCCACGACGGGCUGGCCGAGGUGGUGCUCGAAGGCGGCAAGAAGGAGGAACCGGGAGGAGGAGGCGGCGGCGGCGGCGGCGGCGGCGGGGACGACCAGUUUGGCGGCAGCGGCGGCGGCGGCGGAGCCCCCAAGGAUUAUUCCCCCUGCUCGGCGGCGAGCAAGUCCCACCGCUUCUUCUCUCUGCUGCGCAAAAACGGCCGCUCGGGCGAAGGCGGCAAAGGGGAGAGACCCAAAGGGCGCGGGGGGCUCAAGGGGCUCUUCAACAGCAUGAGGUGGCACCGCAGGGACAAGCCCAGCAAGGAGGACGAGGCCGGAGACGGCGCCGAGGGACAGGCCAGCCACCUCAGGCCCGGCUCCCUCACGGCCAGCCUGGAGUGCAUCAAAGAGGAGGCGCCACGACCCCCGGCGGCGGCGGCGGCGGCUGCAGCCCCCCAGACCCCCUCAGGGGUGGCCAGUGGGGACCAGAUGCUGCUGCUGGCCCACCCCAGCGCUGAGGCCGUGCCCACCCAAGAGCAGCAGGACGUCGGUGCCAGGGAGCCCACCCCACGUACCUCACCACCACUGGGAGCCGAGCCCCCCGGGAUCCAGCCCCCGGCGCAGGAAAGCCGCCCCGAGCCGCCCCCCGGAGAUGGCGAUGGCCCAGGGACCCAGGAGGACGGCGCCAUAACAGGUGACAUCCCCAUCGAGCCUUCCCCCCCUGUUGAACCCGAGUGUGAACGCAGCCAAGAGGCGGCGGCGGCAGCCCCUGACCCUUCCUCUCUUGAUCCACCCUCUGAGCCGUCCAUUGACCGUAUUUGUUUGAUGUUUGCUGACGUGACUUCACUGAAAAGCUUUGACUCUCUUACAGGCUGUGGGGACAUUAUUGCCGACCAGGAGGAGGACGUGGGCAGCGGCGGUGGCGGUGGCGCAGGUGGAAGCGACAAGAGCGCCCCUGGGGUUGGCAAAGCGGGGGCUUCCAAAAAGCCCCCCAGCGUGGUGACCUAUCAAGGAGGAGGAGAAGAGAUGGCCAGCCCUGAACAGGUGGGGGACACGUGCGCCCCAGAGUUCUGGGAUGUGUUGUCACAAGCGGAGAAGCCGCAGGAGACCCCGGGGGGAGGGAAAGAAUCCCUUGAGGGCUCCAAAGGUGGUGGUUGUACCAAAAAGGUUCAGGAUGCAUCGACAACUGGGAAGCACAUUGGUUUCAACCAGAUUCCGGUUCACCACAGUCACAAGAAUGACCAGAAGUGUAGGGAAAAGGAGCCACAGGAAGCCAUCCCCAGCAGCGAUGAAGGCUAUUGGGAUUCCACAACACCUGGGCCAGAGGAGGACAAUGCCAACAGUAUCCAGAAAGAGGUAAUUCCCAGGGACAGCUACAGUGGGGAUGCUCUCUAUGAUCUGUACGCUGAUCCAGAUGAAAACACAGCCACAGUUACUUCUGCAGAAGACGUCACCUCUGUGUCUUGUUGCAAGCCACUGUCUCCAGUAACAACAACAUGCCCAGUCAAAACCCAUACAACUUCACUCAAGGACUCCAAGAUACCCAUCAGUAUCAAGCAUUUUACGUCGCCACAUGGCAGUCAUGGCCCAGAUACCAGUAAUAGCCAUCAUCUUGCACACCACCAGCCUACCAAAAGUGAGAUCCCUAGAACAAAAAUCCCAGUUUCUAAAGUGCUUGUACACCGGGCAAGUUACCGGAGCCUAGCAGGGACAACAGGUAAAAUAGCCACAUAUCAUGAAAGUGCCAAAAAAUAGAAGAAGAUAAAUAUGGGUGUGUCAGUCUUGCAGAAACCUGCUAAUAAGCAGUUUGGCAUCAUCUAAAGGAAGACACCUACAUGUGCCCUUUCUGUGAUCAAAAGGGAUGUGUGCUUCUAAAGUCCAUCUUGAUAUAUAGUAUAUAUAUAAAUAUAAAGUUAGAUUCUUUUUGAGCACUUUUUUAACAUUUGUAUCUGUUUUUCUGAAGCACUAAACCACUCGGGAAGCCACUUUUCCAUGUCUUUUGUGGAAGCAGGACUUUGAUUAGGUAUAUAAAAUAUAAUAAUGCAAACUUGUGCCAUGAAUUCUUCAAAGAAGACACAAAUUGGGAAAGAGAGGACCAAAAUAAGUUUUCCAGUAUAUAUAAUUUUACAUUUGUUUGUUUUAAAUGUUUUUAGCCUAUACUGAGAAAUGUUUGCUCUAACUGUGGGAAAAUGUCAAGCAGAGUAAUAGCAACAACCAUAAAAUCCCAGGUAUUUAACCUGAGAUAGAAAGAGCACUGUCAACCAGCAGCAGAUUCAACUCACUUGUGAAAGGUAGAUUAGCAAGUUAGAUGGAUUUCUAUAAUAAGAUAUAUUUUUGUUUGUCUGUCUGUUUGCUUUGGAUCUGUCCUAGUGUAAGUGGAUAAUGAAGACAUCUAGUGAACUCUCAGUUGUUUACACCAAUAUUUUUCCAAUGCACAAAAUAAUCAGGUUCAAGGGAAUAACUUUCCUAAAUGCCAAUAUAGAGACAACUACAACAUUUAUACAAUAAAUGGUUCUUCAUGUAUAGAUAGAUGCAUAUGAUACUCUUAGUGCUACAGCUUUUUUAAAUUAAAAUGUCUUUCUGUAUUUACUAGAGUUGAAACAAAAUUAGUUUUUAUAGCUUGAUAAUUUUACAGUUCUAAAUGUAUGGACCUUCUUAAAAGUACAGUAACUAGAGCAAAAUUUUAUAUUGGCUCUAACAUCCAAGGAUAGGCAAGUCUAUUGUGUUAAUCUUACAAGAGCAUGCAUAAUACUGGAACCAAGGAUCUAAUGGUGUUUUCACUGCAAACCCCUUAUUUUCAGGACUUUCUAAAAAAUAGAAUUUCAGUUUAGUACUUGCAGAGCUAAAGCCUGAGGCUGCAAACCAAUUUUUAAAAUGUUUGUUUUCAAAUGUUAAUAAAUUUAGCUUUUGGUAUUUGCUGUGUGAAAGUUUGUAUUUCACACACAUACCAACUUUUAGACUUUAAGAUUAUUUUCCUUUAAGAAAGAGAAGAAAAUUGGCGAACUGUUACUCCAUUAAAUAAUUUUAUCACCAUGGACAAAACAGACAUGUCUGUUGCCACUGAAUAUAAGCAGUGCUACUGAAAAGUGGUUGCUGUAUUGACAUCUUUUCAGUGAAGCAGCAUCACAUGAUGUGCCUAAAGAUUUAUUUUCAAGAUAGAAACAACCCCAUUGUGGUCUAAUAUGACAGGGCUUAAACAAAAAUAAAUUAAUAAAGCAGAACACCACUAGGCAAAGAGCUUGUUUCAGAGGUCCUAUUUAUUUUUUAAGAAAGUAAAACUUACUUUAAAAAACGAUAUAUAUUUUGUGAUGUAGAAAAUUCUAAAUUUCCUUCCGUAAAUCAAUUAUAAGAGUUCAUUUAACCUCUCCUUUUUAAGUUCCCAUAAGUAAAUAUUGGUUUACAUAAUAUACAUUUGAAUAAGAACAUUAAGGUUAAUGAAGAAAAGCUAGAACAUAUAAUGGUUGUAUUCUUGCCCACAGCUAGGCUGCUUAUAUCACAUUGAUUUUCAAUUGCAUUAAUGUAGCCUAUAUCAGAACUGCCAAAAAAAAAAAAAUCAAGAACCGGAAUGUUUAUUUACAAAGGUCAAACUCCCAAGGAUGAUUUUAGGCAUGUGCAAGGGCUUGAGUAAGCCAUGUGGGAUUUAUCUCUUCUUUUUACUUUGAUCAGCUGAUCACCAUAUGUUGUCACAAACUGCUUUUUAAAGUAUAUUCAGUUUCAUAAGUCAUUUGCCACUUCACAUGGAGUGUUGGGAAGCAAGUGGACAAGAAACAUAAUUCCCAACUCCCCAUCCCUUUGGGCAUGUGAUGCUGUGGUCCCAGUGGUCAACAGUGAAACAAAGUUUUGUGAUCCUAAGGGGACUUCAGACAUAUGUUCCUAAACAGCAACCCACAUGCCACAUAGUAAACUGCUUUUGAAGGGGAGAGCAAGAGCUCUGUUAAAGCAGUUUGUAAUAUGGCAUGGGGAUCAGCAGUUCAAACAAAAUCAUCAUUAGGCUACAGCAAAGCCUUUCCAUGAACUUAAACAGACCAUUGGAUCCCAGUCAAUAAUGUAUAUUGCUUGCAACCAUGCAGAUACAGGCUAUGGUCCACAGAAAUCCCAGAUAAUAGUGGGGAAACUGCUUUUGCAAAUUACAUGCAACAAGGUUGGGGUGGGCCAUGUCUUCCAUUAUCCUAGAGGAGGGAGGCAAUGGUCAUACCUUAGCCUUUCACCCCAUAUUUACUUUGUUGCUAUGUGCUAGACCCUGAAAGCUGAGUUCUAAGCAUGCUUAAUUGGCAUUAAUUGGCAAUAAGUAGUUCAGUGGUAAUCAAUGGGUCUCCCAAGUUUUUAAAAAAAACAUGUUUAGAAGCAGAGUGCUAAUGAACCCAGGUGGGUUUAUUUUGUAUACUUUCUCAGAAUGUAUUUGUGAGUGGUUGCAGGUGUGCAGCCGUUUACAAAUUCAUAUUGUACAUAUGCAUGUAUAUUCCUAUGGAUACACAUACAAUACAUGCACACAUUUCUGUAAUAUGCUGAAGGGCACAUAAACUUCCAUGCACAGACAAACAGACCAAUGGUGCAAAUAGCAAAUGUUGCCAAAUCAUUUUGACAGUUAUUUAACUUUGCCUGAGAAUGGGAUUCACAUUUGACCUGAUUCUGCUUGAGUGCUUGUGUGUUUUUUGUAGAUUUGGGAUGGAGAAUGAUUGACUCAUCCUUGUGCGUGUAGUCCCUCCCAUUGAAGGCCCUGAGACUACAUCAAAUUACACAGACUGUCCCCUUGUGGCUGUAAUACUCUGGAAGGAAAGAAUCCAGGGACACAAAAUUUUAUUCCAAGCUGGAUAAUAAACAGCUAUUCAUUGUUUUACAUCAGUGAAGAUCAUGCUGUUUCUGCAUGCUUUUUAUGCAAAACUAUUACAGCAUUUUGUUUAAAAGGGCAGUUGUGUAGAGAAGUGCUGCAGGGUGCUGAAAGUUGAGCUGGAAAGAGGAUGUUGUAAUAUGCCGGAAGAGUUAGCUGCAGGUCAGAACAGUGGUGUAUCUUUUAAAAUCCUAUGAAACAACGUUGCCAUUUGGGAGUCCUUAUCUCUCUUGCAAUUUUUCACCAUAUGCAUUUUGCUGAUCUGUAGCCUGUUAUGUAUGAAGAAACAUUAGAGUUACUCAUAGAUAAAAUUCCCCUUCCAUUUAUGACUAAGAUGUCCAUUAAAACUGUGUUGUCUUUCAUUUUCUUGCUUUUUCAUUUUACAUCCAGUUGUUGCUUUUCUUUCAAAGGCUAGCAAGCACAGAAGGCAUCACACAUACAACCAUUUUUGUCACAGUAAAAUGGGAGCAGUGUAAAUCACUCUCAGUAUCUUCCAGGGAUACUAGCAACACUUUUAACAAUGAUUGUGCAUGACAGAGCAGUUUCCAUUACCAACAGUGCUCACACAAUUUUGCUGGUAAGGGAGUAGCACCAAGUACACAUCUGACUAGCAAUAAUAUCAUUUUUGUUAACACUCCAAUGAUGUAUGAAUGAUCACAGUUUUGUAAUGUCAGUUUGGAGUGAAAACUACCUUGUUUACUAUGCUGGAAGUCUAUUCACUACAAUCAACAAGAGUGUUGUUCUCCUAAAACACACGACUGUUUAGGUGAAAUGGCUGGCAUGUAGCAAGUAGACCUGUGGAGGGGAUCAGAAAGAUAAUAACAUUGUUUGCCCAGUUUGUAGCUACCAGUUGGUAGGACCCAUUUUGGUAGCUGUUCAGUUGUCUGCUAGUAGUAUUUAUAAGUUGAUGACAAUCAUCCUGAAAAGGAGGAGGAGAAGAGUGUUUGUUUUAUCAUAGUAAGGGGAUUGGCUGAUUUAUGAAUCAGGGCAAGGCUCUGUGGACAUAGGGAUGAGUCCACAAUUUGAAGAUGUGGUAUAUUCUGCAUGAAUGUAGUGUCUGUAGGGCAAGUCUUGCAGACAUUGCAUUCAUAGGGUGUUUGUAUGAUAGCGUACAGGUCAUGUGAGAAUGAUCUUUAUACAUGUCUGUCUCAGAACUGCAAACUCAUCAAACUAUUAUCAGUGUUUCAACUCCAAGGCGCUUUCAGUAGCCAGGAAUAUGUGGAACUCAAUUCUUACAUGAUGCUUUGACCUGAAGAGAAGCAAUGUAAGGUGCUUCCCACACUUCCAAAACAUAGCCUGUGGAAGCACCACACUGCACCAACAACAUGUGAGUUAACUGUAUCAGUGCUGACUUGGUGUGUGAUGCUUCCUUAUUUAACCAGAUCCAAGCCUUUCAUUUUGUGCCUGCAUUUUGCCCUGCCCUCAUCAGCAGUGUUACACUCAACCCACAUGUUGCCAUGAACCAGGGUCUUAAGAACUGACCCUUAAUUAUUCACAAAGCACCAUUUUGUGCAGUGCAAUCUGGUGUGUGGUGGCUCUGAAGGAAGUCCUGUUCAGUGGUCUUGCUUACAGGCAAAUGUGCAUCAAAUUAUAGACUUGAGUAGCUAAUGAUUUUGAAAUCAUUAAUUCCGCAGCUUACAAAUUGCCACUAAUUUUGACCAUGAUGAUUUUAUUUUUAAUAAGAAGAUUAUAUUUGUACACUAGAAAAUAAACAGUGCCUAAGACAAUGCACUGAAGAGGAUGUUCAAUAAACAUGUGUUAGGUGUAUUUCAUUCCCUUCUGUGAUCUGUAGAGCACUCUGGUGAUUGAGAAAAAUAGUGGAGUGCUGGAAUUAAGGGAAUGAACCAUGUGCAAGUGGCCAUGCUAGAGGCAUUCUGUAGAGAUGUGCAUUUUAAUAACAGAAAUUCAUGUAUUUCUACAGCCUUGAUAGGCAGAAAUGAUCUUCCAGAUCCCAAAGAUGCUGUAUUCUUUAAUAAUGAUGUCAUUAUUAUUUUUAUUCUUCAAAGAAGGCUUUAUUUGUUUAGACUUCUGCUUGGGAUGAUGCUUGUACAGUUGUUUCCCUGUACAUAACAUGAAAAGAGUAUGCUACAUCAGGUAUUUGGUAUUUUUUACUCUUUGCACUUAUAGGUCACUUGGUACCUUUUACAUGUUUUUAGAAUAUGUUAUGUUAUGAUGUAUACUUCCAGUAUUUUCUGUGGCAUAUGUUUUUUAAACAGGAGCUUUCUUUUAAAGGCAUGGAUUGCUCUGUGUGAUCUUAUUUUGCUCCCAUAGAUUGUAAAGAGGUGCCAGAGGUGUGGUCUGCAUCUGAGACAAAGACUUGGUUCUCAUCUCAGUGCACAUGCAUUGCUUCAUUGGCAGGAGUCCACAAUGCACUUAUUCUGGAGCAAUUCAAUUGAUUUGAGUAGCCUGGGAUAAAUGGUAUGUGGAUUCCAGCCAUUAGCAGUCAUAGGAAUAAAGCACAUGCAGUAGAUUUAAGACAGGCCCUGUCUUGACAAAGCAAACACAUGCUUACUGUUACUGAAGAAUUGAAUUGGUUGCCCGUUAAACCUCCUAGGUUAGCAAUGAACAGAAUUGGUUGGCUUCAGUUCAUAUGCUUCUCCUAUGAAAAUUCCUUCCUUGGUUAAUUUUUAAUGGCCUCUACUGAAUUAUUUAUCUAGACUAAAAUGAUAUUGCACCAAAGUCUUCAAAAUGUAUGAUUCUGAGGCCAGUCCGUCCCCCCUCCCCCCACAGCAUAGUGCUUCACUAUCCCAGGGAAAUCAAAUUGCCAUGCUUUGCUUAGUGAAGCAAAACUGUUACUUGGUCUGCAAAUUUAUGGGACUGCCCAAGCUUAAAGGAAGCUGUUGAUUUGGCUCCUCAGCUUUUCACCCUACUAAAUGGCAUGUUUUCCAAAAAGCACUCAUUUUUUGUUUCAAUAAAGCUGUGGAUGAGGCAGUUUGAUUGUGCCAUAAAUUUAGAUGCUAGACAUUUAUUUAACAGUAAAAAUGUGUGUGUAAACACACAUAUGAAUGAAGUGGGGCAGUUAGCACAUGCUGUUGGUAUGAAAUUAUUGUAUUUUUUUCUUUACUCUAGAUGAGGAAAAAUAUACAUUGAUCCUAUAAAGACUCCAAGAGAAUUACGUAUUGAGAUAUUUCACAUAGGGCAGAGGAACAGUGUGUUCUGUGCCUAUUUUUAAGGCAGAAAUCACCCAUUUGCCCAUAUAUAACUAUACUGACAUUAUUUAUUACCAUUUUGAGCUGGAUAUGAAAUGGGUGCAUUUUAAAAUAAUCUUGGGGUAGAUAUUGCUCAUGUCAUUGCCCUUGACUGCAAUGGAAGCUGGUACUGUAAUCUGGGAACAAGAGUUGGUUAUGUUGUGAAACCUGCGGUGAAUUAUUGGCAUAUUGCAAUUUUGUACUAAACAACGGAGGAUCCAAAUUAGACAUUGUACAGGAGUUGCAAUUUUGUUACAAAAAAAGAAGAAAGGCCCAGUUUGGACUGGGGACACAGCCUGGGGAAGGCAGAGUGUAACUGUUCCGCCACUGCCUGUCCCCCAGAAACUGCUUGUAGCUGUGGAGGAGGAAACUUACAAGCUUCGUUGCUUAAACUGGUUAAGUCUUCCCCACCACAAUAACAACAGCUUUGGGGAAGGGAGAAUCCAAUGUGGGGAUAAAGGGUUAGAUCCCACCACAGGCCCAAUUCAGAGACCCCAUCAUGGCUGCUUUUCAUAGGAUUGAAAAGACCUUGAGAGCUCCCGUCACAGAUCUUCAACAUGUUGAAACAGAAGUCAGUCUUUCAGAGAAUCUCAUCAAAGAGCUGGUCCAAACAUCAUGUGGCUUGGGUGCACACCUUAUAUGUUUCAAAAACACGUGUAACAUGUAGGCUGUCAGGACUGGCUAUGGCUCUUUGUCAAGUGUGAACCUGAGUUAAUCACUGAAUAAUGUUGAAGCCACCUUAUGUUCCAACUCUGUAAUGAGAGUUGUGAACUGUUCUGUAUCCACAGACAGAACAUUUAGAGGUGUUCUGGCCUAUUUUCAGUGCAGGAGCUGUUAGGGCAAAUCUGGAUUGUAUCUCCCUUCCUGGUAGACUUAAGUUGUUUCCAAUCCUGUCUAUUCUUCCUUUCUCCCUCCAUUUCUGAUUGACAAGUUUCAUCUUGCACACAGCAUUUUCGUAGAAUCUUCUGGAGGUGAUUGGCUUGAUUAGGCAGAGAAGCACUUUUUGUUCAUAUCUAAUGUAGCUGAGAAGUGUGAAGGAACAAGGACAGAAUGCUGGGAACGCAUGGAGUUCUGGUAUAACAUUUCACUCGCAUGCAUCACUGAGCACUAGAAAAACCAUAUGGGAAUCCCUAUAAAACAUGUCAUCCAUUUUCAUCAUUGGUGCCUACGCUUCUCUUAAUGCCAUUUCCAACAUGACAUCAGUUAUGGGAUUGUGCCAGCCUGCUUUUUACAUCCCUAGCUUGGUAUGGAUAAAUCCCACUGUUUUGAGUGGGAUGGACAAAGCCUAAACAUAUGCAAGAGCUUGUAACCUUAUUGUCAAAAUCUAGGUACCUCCAUAUGUGUCUGCCUAUGAAAUCCCUCCUAACCUGCUGAGUUUUUCUUCUAUGGUCUGUCAGUGUUACUGGCUAAUAUUAUCUGCCCAUAUAGUGGAACAACUAGUUCUUCACACUCCAUCAGCACAAACUCCUCUUCUCUCUACACACUGAAUUCUUCAUGCAGACCUCGUUUCUCCUCCAAUAUCACAUAGAUUCUGCCUGUAGUUUUCAUCUACACCCAUUCCAGGGCCAGCGGAGCACAUUUAACGUGCCUCCCUCUCACUGCUGCUGUGUAUUUUCAAAUUGCUUGCGGUGUAGACUCCAUGCACAUCCCUCUUGCUCCACAGCCAGCAGAGAUUAGAUCCUGUUUAUCCAUCAUCCAAUUUGUUUGCUGCCAGCAAUGCUUUCUCCAUGCUCAUUCCCUUUCACCCAACCAGAAGUGCAUUUUCCGGGGAGGGGGGGAGGAAUUCCCUCCCUCAUCUUGCCAAAUAUGCGUUCUCUUUCCACAGCCAGUGCAUACUGCAGGCUAUACAUGCAUUGUCUCUCCCUGUGCAUGUCACACAGUAUCAGCAGUGCAUUUUCGAUGAACAUCCUUGUCAGUGCAUUUUUAUUAGAAGCCCACGUCAUUCCACUACCUCAUUGUUGGAAUCAUGCUCCUUUCUCAAAACAGCCUCAAUUUAUUCAUCUUCAAGCAACAUUGGAUAGCUCAUAAAAGAAAAAAAAGCAGGAUUUGCUAGACUGUACUGUACUGUUGUUAGAGGAUCAUUUUUGUUUAGGAUGGGAUGUCACUCUUCACUGUGAAAAGCAGGGGUAUUUGGUAGAUAGUGCAGCUGGCUUGUGUUUGAUUUAUCUCAAUAGUGUACAAAAGUGUACAAAUUACAGUUGCUGUCAGGGAGUAAGGUGGAAACAAUUUGUCUCUUAAUAAGAUAAUUGUUCUGACUAAAACGAAUGUAGUCAGAGCUUUGGGGCACAUACUCGGUAUCACUUAAUACAAAAUAGUUAGCAGCUUAAGCUUUUACAUGCAACAUCAAGGUAGUUUAAUAAUCGUAAAAUAGGUCCCUCCUCCUUUCACUGCCUAUGCACGUGUGGCAUAAAUUUAUAAUCCAGGGACUGGUAGUUAUUCUGGAGCAAUUAAUCUCCAAAAAAAAAAAAAAAAAAAGCUUUUGGUUUUGAGUAUGUGCCACUGAAGUUGAAAUACAGGAACUUUCUGUAUUUUAAUAUGGCACCAGAGAAAAUAGGUUUCCAAGGCAAAUGAUAAAACAAUCUCUAAAUACACACCUCCACUUAUAUUUAAAGAUUUGUUUCACUGUUAUACAGAAUUCUACACGGUUUUGUAUAUUGUUGUGGUAAUCUUUCUUUCUGAUCUAAAUGCAAAUCGUGUCUUUCCGUUUUUGUUGUUGUUCCAUUUUAGCAAGCAACCACUCCAGGACUUGACCCUGGUGUUCAGCAUGUUCAGUUUGAAGCUAACACAAUCACUGCCAUUUUUAAUUUAGCUUGUGAUGGCAGAAACGGGAUCCAAACCUUUCAAAUAAGUCAAUCCUACGUGCUGUCUAUUGCGUUACUCUGCCUGCCCUGAUUUUGUGAUUUGUUAACAAGUAUGUUUUUUUCCUUCCUUUUAAACUUUUAAUUCCAGGUCCAUGUAAAAAUAUUAUUUAGCAAAUUGAUGAUGUUGGUUUGAGACUGUAAGGACCACCACCAUCAAUAUAGUAUUGUUGUUGUUAUUAUUAUUUUGAUCUGUGUUGCAUUAAAGAAAUCACCAUUGAAGUAU